AUGUCGAACCCGAAAUAUGGAGCAUUAAAUGGAGUAGAUGAUGAUUUGGACGGCGUUGAUGAUUUCCUUGAUGAACCAAACCCAUUUGACGAUACCCAAAAUGGUACUAGUAAUAGUAAUGCUACAGUAGCUCCUGAUUUGGAUACCAAAAGUAUGGCUACUGCUGUGUUGCCGGAUUAUUCAGAAAUUUCAGGAAUCCAACAAGAACCUGGAAAUGAACCAUAUGGUAACGUUAAUAACGGUAGUUCUGUUAACGUCAAUCGUACCACAACUGAACGUGGAGAAUUACCACCCGGACUCAUAAAUUAUUACUCUAAAUUUUUCCAAUUAUCUACAGAGACAUUUAAAGGUCGUUUUUUAAGAAGUCUGAAAAUUAACCAAUUGAUAUUUGAAUCUGAAUCUUAUAAUCCUGAGUCUCGUGAACUGUUUGGUGCGAUAUGGAUUACUUGUACAAUUGUAUUGGUGAAAUUUAUAUUUCCUGGUUUAAUUAAUUUAAUGCAUUAUGGUAUAAUAAAAGGGGAGAAAAUAAGCGAAUCUGUACCAACAAAUGAUCGUGAUAAGAUAUAUUGGAAUUUAAUUCAUUCCAUUUGGUUAUUUGGUAUAUAUUCAUUUGUUGUACCAUUUAUUGUUUUACAAAUUAUCUUGAAGGAUGAUACGAACGGUGAAGAAAAUGGAUUGCCACAAAGUGAACCAACGGGUGACGCAGGUGGUAGACAUAUGACGAUUAAUGCGAAUGCAAAAAAUUUAAUUGGUUUAAUCACAGUUUAUGGAUAUGGGAAUAGUAUCUGGUUAUUUAUCUUGCCUAUUUUAGAUAUUACUAAUAGUUUAGCCACAAGAUUUAAGACAGCAAUUGCUGUGGAAUGGGCUAUUAUUGCUUUAGCUUAUGUUAAGACAGCUCAAUAUAUGAACAUGCAGAUUUGUAACCGUGGUAAUGGUCAUGUGAGGCUUCCUUUCACUAUGAUAUUUGUGUUAGGUUUUCAUAUCAUCUUUAGUGUGUUAUUAAUGUUUACAUUAUAUUAA